AAUUAGAUUUUCGAACAGAGUAUUCAAAGGCAACUUUUAUUACACACUAGGUUGGCUUUUUGAGCUCGCACAUCGAACAUCCGCAAAUUAUGGAGUAAAUUUGACUGGUGGACCAAAUAGGACUAGCAUCUACAUUUCCAGUCUCUAUUUCACAAUGAGCAGUCUUACUUCCGUUGGAUUUGGAAAUGUUUCUCCCAACACUGUCAAUGAAAAGAUAUUCUCCAUCGUGUCAAUGCUUGUUGGAGCUCUAAUGCAUGCCGCUGUGUUCGGAAACGUGACAACAAUCAUCCAGCGAAUGUAUACACGACGCUCAGCCUAUCAAACAAAGAAUCAGGACCUGAAGGACUUCACCAGAGCCCAUCAUUUACCGAAACAGCUACGACAGAGAAUGCUUGAGUUCUAUCAAGCAAUGUGGUCAAUCAAUAGGGGAAUCGAUAAGCAGACAAUAAUGCAAGUCUUUCCCGAGGAGAUGCGCGGAGAUAUUGCCAUGCACAUAAAUCGGGAAAUGCUCUCCUUGCCCAUCUUCAAAGCAGCGAGUAUUGGCUGUCAAAAGAGCAUUGCUCAAUUGAUUGGGACCCGCUUCGCUACACCGGGUGAAUUUCUGGUUCAUAGAGGCGAUGCUAUACGCAAUCUCUACUUCGUGUGCAGUGGAUCGCUAGAGAUAUUGGACGAGGAUGGCUCGGUUGUCGCGCUAUUAGGUAUGCUUAUUGCAUAA